AUGGGAAACAAGUGUUUGGGCAUGAUGGCUGUGUUAUUUCUGGCGCUUUUAAGUAGUGGAACAACCAUUUGUGAUGCAGAGUGCAAGAAGGAGAGGGGAAUUGGGAUGAAAGCUUGUAAGCCUGUUGCCUAUGGACGUUUUCCUUCACCCAAGUGUUGUGAGACCAUUAGAAACACUCAUCCUGAAUGUGUCUGCCCUUAUAUCACACCUCAAGUGGCUGCCCAAAUUCAUGUUGAGAGAGCAAUAAAGCUUGCUGAAGCCUGUGGAAAAAAUAUUUUUCGUCCCUUUCACUGUGGAAGUCUCGUAAUACCUAACAAGAGGAGUAGCCUGGAUUGGUUGAGAACUUUUAUUCUCCAGCAAAAAAUGGUUCCUAAAUCUCUUAGAGAUAAUGUUCUAUGCAGUUUUAUGAUUUCUGUUUUUCUGAUUUGCAAUUAA